AUGACAAAGAUCCAGACAGCCACUCCACAAAUUAUACGCUGUAUCCGACCUAACAUUGACAGGAAACCCCUCCAUUUUGUCCCAGAAUACGUGCUGGCUCAGAUGAGGUACACCGGGAUCACAGAGACGAUCAAGAUCAAGAAACAUGGAUACUGCUCCCGACUCAAGUUCAGGGAUUUCCUAGUAGUGUAUGAGACACUGAGGACCUUCCUUGUACCACCUCACAGCAUGAUCCCCGACGAACAGAAAUGUCAGGAAGUCAUCCGCUACUGUGGACUCAACACAAACUCUGCCAGUCACAAGAUUGGAAAAUCUAAGGUGUUUUUCCAUGAGGAAGAUUUAAGGAAAAUUGACCAAGUGUCCAAUGAAGUCAAGAAGAAAAUUGUCCUUUGUCAAUCAGCUGUCAGAAGAUAUUUGGCCAAGAAAAGAUUUGCUGAGCUUCAGAAGAUUUCUAUGGUGAAGAAUGAAACAAAAGUCCAAGAAUUGUGUCACCAGAUGGCACUGCAGCAUGAUAAGGUCACUUCCUGGAUAUGGUUUCAGCGGGAACAUGAUGAGGUGAAAGUUCACAAGAAUCCAGUAAACCCUGAAGAAGCAGCUUUGCAGGAAUCUCUGGAGAGUUUGGAUGAUAUUCUGGACCAAUAUGACGAAGUGACAGGAAACAGAUCUGGAAACAGAUCUGGUCAGUGUCAUACUUAUAUCUCAAUCAUUGUCUGUCUAACUGUCUGUAUGACAGGAAACAGAUCUGGAAACCAGUUCGGUCAGUGUCAUACUUAUAUCUCAAUCACUGCCUGUCUUACUGUUGGUAUGACAGGAAACAGGUCUGGAAACAGAUCUGGUCAGUGUCAUACUUAUAUCUCAAUCAUUGUCUGUCUAACUGUCUUUAUGACAGGAAACAGGUCUGGAAACAGAUCUGGUCAGUGUCAUACUUAUAUCUCAAUCAUUGUCUGUCUAUCUGUCUGUAUGACAGGAAACAGGUCUGGAAACAGGUCUGGUCAGUGUCAUACUUAUAUCUCAAUCAUUGUCUGUCUAACUGUUGGUAUGACAGGAAACAGAUCUGGUCAGUGUCAUACUUAUAUCUCAAUCAUUGUCUGUCUUACUGUUGGUAUGACAGGAAACAGAUCUGGAAACAGGUCUGGUCAGUGUCAUACUUAUAUCUCAAUCAUUGCCUGUCUUACUGUUGGUAUGACAGGAAACUGGUUGGAAACAGGUCUGGUCAGUGUCUUACUUAUAUCUCAGUCAUUGUCUGUCUGUCUGUCUGUCCGUAUGACAGGAAACAGAUCUGGUCAGUGUCAUACUUAUAUCUCAAUCAUUGUCUGUCUGUCUGUCUGUAUGACAGGAAACAGAUCUGGUCAGUGUCAUACUUAUAUCUCAAUCAUUGCCUGUCUAACUGUUGGUAUGACAGGAAACAGGUCUGGAAACAGGUCUGGUCAGUGUCCUACUUAUAUCUCAAUCAUUGUCUGUCUUACUGUUGGUAUGACAGGAAACAGAUCUGGUCAGUGUCAUACUUAUAUCUCCAUCAUUGUCUGUCUAUCUGUCUGUAUGACAGGAAACAGAUCUGUUUCCCGGUAUAAUACAUAUUAUUCUUUGGAUCAAUGUUUCUUGGAGUCGGUUCUUCUGAGGAACGUGUUUUACUUCGGUUCAGUACUUGCUAUACUUAGUACCGUCUUUGGAUCGAUGUCCAAAGCUAAACUUCAUGACCUUAAUUCCAAACGACGGACAGCCUUAACAGUUUCGGGUCCAGGUGCAAUAUAUCUUUUGUCCAACAUUCCAAUUCUCCAUAGGAUCUGGAACUGUGAGUGGACGGACGGGAUAGCUCACCAUCUUAAACAGAUGGCCAGUAUGUUUGGCGUCUGCUUCUUCUACUCCACAAAACUCCCAGAACGUCUCUCACCAGGGACUUUUGACUUCAUAGGAAACAGCCACCAGAUCUUUCAUAUCCUGUUCGUCUUGUGUACUCAGAAUCACUUGGAUGGUGUCGUCUGGGACAUCAACUUCCGGCAGACGUUCGUAGUCCGUCGGCCUCCACCGUCCCUUUGGAACAUUUUUGGAAUCAUUGCUCUUAUCUGUUUGGCAGACAUACUGACUAUGAAAUAUUUUUAUUCUAGAUUUAAAAAGAGAUGUUUGAAGAAAGAUACAAAUUCUAAUGAACUUAAGGCGAAAACCAAUGGCUAAGCCAACAAACAAUAUUGGAGUUGGGUGUCCGACCGAUUGAGCACUAUAUUUUUUUUUAAUUU